GAAGCCAGUUAAUAAGAGAGUCUUUCGAAUUGAUCCGUCCAGUUGAAGCUAGAGUUGAAGUAACUUCAAACGAAAUAUAUUUCGUUACGAACGUCCAUUUCAGUUAAACUUGGUCAAAGAUCCAGUUGAAUUUGUUUGAAUAAAACAGUUUUCUAGUAGACAAAUUCUGGUGGCUUUCUCUUAACAAGAUGAAGGCCAACAUUUUAACAUUACUAUUCAUUUUGAGUUAUUCUGGCGUGGUUUUCAGUGCAUGUUCGGAUCGAUUUGCUCUUGAGUGUUUAUACGACGUUUUAUUUGGCGAUUAUGACUCUUCCGAAGAGGAAUCAGUUGAACAGAAACCUACCAAUCUCAACCAUUCAGCAAGGGAUUUAUCGUCAGUUAUUCACAAUACCGAAGAAAAACUAGAAGAAAUUCCAAAGAUUCUCGGAUAUUUAAAAAAUUUGACGCACACUGUGACGCAUGUUCAACACGAAUUGAUUGGACCUAGAUUACCUUCCCAUUUGCCGAAUAGCAUUGAAAAAGAAGAAGACAAAAGCAAAGAAUCACAUGAGAAGGAAGAUUCAUCGUCGCAAAGUUCAGAAGAAAAGACCACGAAAGGCGACAAAAAGAACGUACACUUUAGAGAUGUUUACAAGGAAUUGGCAUCGGAUUUAAGUGAAAUUCCACGACUUGUUUCAAAUGUCUCGAAACUAACCAAAAUGGUGAAGUCCGUUGUCCAAAAAUUAGCGAAUAAUCCCGCUCCAAAGAUAGUAGGGGAAGGAAAAUUGGAAGAGAAUAAAGAAGCUUCGAAGCAAUCCGACGUUAAAGAUGAAAAAACACCAGAAACUGGGGAGAAGAAUGAUGAAAAAACACCAGAAACUGGGGAGAAGAAUGAUGAAAAAACACCAGAAACGAAAUAAAGCAAUAGAAUUAAAGUAUUGAUACAAUUGACGAACAUAAAAUUAGUAAAAACGUUUGAAAUCCCCUUACUUAUAGUCGCAGGGAAUAAAGAUGACCAUGAAUCCAACCCUCCCGAAAUAUCCAACAAUAAUAUUCAUCGUUCUACGUUUUUUUCUUAGUGUAACGAUAUAGUUUAUUUCAAGAAUAUUGAAGUGUUGUUAAAAGUUAAAAUACAUUCAAUAAAUAUAUUGAGCUAGA